UGUGUCAAUUUUUUUUUUUCUAAGUUAGCAACAUUGGUCAGCUAGACGCUAUGACACCUGAAGGAGUGGCACGGCGAGUCAGCAAAUAUUAAAGUGGCGGAAAAGCGUUGAAAAUCUUCUCGAAAGGAGGUUUCUACACGUUCGAGGUCGAGACGCAGCGGCGGAUGGCCCUCUCUGUGUGUUGGUGUGAAACCUGCUAAUGAGAGAAGAGCACACCCAUCUGAGCCUAUGACUGAGUAAUGAACCUUAACCCCUUCUGGAGCAUGUCUGCCAACACAAGUCGUAAGAGAUCUGAUGAGGAGCAGAGUGGGCACACGGACCAGAGAGCCAGCCCAGCCCGGACUCACUUUAGCAAAAAGGUCCUUCCGCCCAUUCCUAAGAAUGCAACCCCCUUUACCAAACCUGCGUUGAUGGGCCCUGCAGCCCACACAGCCAACGGCACACACGCCUCCUACGGCCCUUUUUACUUGGAGUACUCUCUGCUGGCGGAGUUCACACUCGUAAUCAAGCAGAAACUCCCUGGAAUUUAUGUCCAGCCGUCCUACAAGUCGGCACUAAUGUGGUUUGGGGUCAUAUUCAUCAGGCAUGGUUUGUAUCAAGAUGGCGUCUUCAAGUUCACCGUGUAUAUUCCAGACAACUAUCCAGAUGGAGAGUGUCCUAAAUUGGUAUUUGACAUCCCAGUCUUCCACCCUCUUGUGGACCCAGUGUCUGGAGAGCUGGAUGUGAGAAGAGCUUUCACCAAGUGGAGACGGAAUCACAACCACAUCUGGCAAGUCUUGAUGUAUGCACGAACAGUUUUUUACAAGAUCAACACGACGGAGCCACUAAACCCUGAAGCUGCAGUGCUGUAUGAAAAAGAUGUGCAGCUGUUCAAAAGCAAAGUGGUGGACAGCGUCAAACUAUGCAACAGUCAUCUUUUUGACCAGCCUAAGAUAGAUGAUCCCUACGCAAUAAGUUUCUCUCCAUGGAACCCAGCGGUGCACGAAGAAGCUAAGGAGAGGAUGUUCACCCACAAAAGACGGCCUGAGGACCACCACAAAGGAACACAGGUGUCAGGCUUAUCUUGGGUAAAGCCCGGCUCGACCCAGCCCUUCAGCAAAGAAGACGGUCCUCCUCAGAGCUGAAACUGCAGUGCCGCUGCCUUGGCCACUAGAUGGAGACGAACAUUAACCGCUGCACCACUGGCUUUCCUCAGCCCAGCCGUUUGUGUUGUGGGCCCUUGAUAUGGUUGGGAGGAUUUAAUUUUUAUUGCUCAGCUUUAAAAGCUCUUUAGGCUGCUCAUGACACAGCUGUAGAACGAUGAAAAAUAGUUUUUUAUAUCGUGUAAAUUGAAAACGACAAAUGGAUAUCUAGGAUACAUCAUUCAGGCUGUGAUGCAAUCGGAGUGCAUUGUCCGUGUUGUUCAUUUUCUGCUCCAUGCACAUUUAGCUAGACAGGACGCUGAAGUCCCAAAAGGGAGGUAAAAUGUAUGAGCAAAGCACUUUGCAUAUAUAUGGUAAGUAUAGUAGACAGCUUGAUUUAAAAACCACUUGUAAAAUUGGCUUAGGACUGUGUUUGUCAAACGAAUGGUUAUUUGGUUACACCAGAGUGGUGGAAGAAAAAAAACCCGUUCACACUGGCUCCCAGUAUCCACUAAGAUUGUUUCCAAUCAUGGUCCUCAGGACUCCGUGUCCUGCAUGUUUUGGAAGUGUCCCUGCUCUAACACCUCUAAUUAUAAGGGCUUAAUUCUCCAGAACCCUGUCAUAUUACCAUGACUUUAGGUCGGGUGUGCUGAAGUUGAUACAUGCAGAACAUUGUGAGCUGAAGACCAGGGUUGGACAAUGCUGCUCUAGAGCUUAACAUGAGUUUUGGUUUUAAAUGGGCAACGGUUUCUUUUAUCUUGUGUUUUUAUGUAGCUCCUAAUAUGUGUAAGGUAAGGCAGAGCAGCCAAGUAUAAUUUUAAAUGAGAUGCUACAUGAAUAAGCUCAUUUUAUUUUGUUGGACAUUAAUGAUUUUAAUGUUUCAUGUAUCUUUUGGUUAUUAAAGGUCUGCUGUGUAGAUAAUAGAUUCCAUUCUAAAGUUCUACUGCUUCUGGUUUCCUUAAAUAUUUGAGAUCCCACAACCCUCUAAGUCUGCAAGAUUUCAACCCCAAAUUUGAGGGAAACUAUUUUUCUAAGGUUCAUUUGCUACCAUCAGGGCAGCAUGGAGAUUAUUUAAAUGUAGAUGCUGAUUUUCCAAGAUCUUAGUGCAAACCUAUAAUUAUCUCUAGUUCUGCUUUGUUUUUGUUUGUUUUGUUUUUUUUGUGUGAAGGAUCUGGACUGAUGCUGCUCACCUUCUUUCCAAAUACAACUCUGGUUUGAUGACUGCUUUGUUUGAAAUUAUCUCCUAGGAUCUAACUCACAGAAUAGCAGAAACUGAUGAAACCUGUAUGAAUCUUAUAGGAUGAGGGUAUAGUCCCUGUGCAAUUUGGACUGUGGGUAUCUUCAAAUUGUAUUUGGAGUGCUGUGAUUGGAAUGGUUCCUUUACCACAACACAAUGUAAAAAUGUUAUUCUGAAACCAAUAAAGUUAUUUUUAAAGCUUC